ACUCUGCAACAGAAACUUUGAGCGCAGUGAGAAAUAUGAAGAAGAAAGGGAAUCGCAGGUCCUCAGUAGCGGAGCUUCUGGAAACGCCGUUACCGAAGGUGGCUUCUUCUCCUCCUCCUCCAAACGAGUCUCCGAAAUCGGGUAUCUUCAUCAGCAGCAAGAAAACGCUCUCUGCCUCGAAGAUCAAGAAGGAAAAGUCGCUUCCUACUGCUCUGAACUCCCUAAGCAGCUUCUCCGAUCUUAAGGACCUCGCCUCUUCACGCCUCGACGAUCUCAAGCGCCACAUCGAUCGCUCUCACGCCGAGAUCCUUAAGGAGCUCGACUCUUCCCAGUCUCGCCUCCACAAGCGCUUCAAGAUUCAGACUCAAUCAUGCCAACAAUUGAUGGAUGAAUCAGAGAAGGAAUACAAGAAGAUGUCUGAAAGGAUCAGUGAAAGUCGUGAAGCAAUGAAGGCUUCAUAUGGAGAGUUCAUUGCAGAUGCACAUGGCAGCGCAUCUCGUGCAUGCAAAACAUCCAUCACUGAGCUUUCACAAUCCUGUGAGAAAGCAAUGGAUGCUCUCCGAAGAAGAUUUGGGAUUCCAUCAACAUAGCCUUCACUUGUCCAUGCCACUCAGUAACAGAAGCUUUUAGGAAUUGAUCGACGAGAAAAGAAAAAAAAAAAAUCAGUCUGGAUUCCGGAGGGUCUACUACAAUUAGCAGAUGAGAUGCUAUGGAAAAGACUACUGUUGGGCAUUUCUGAUUUUCACUUCAUUACGACAAUGUGUUUCUUUCUCCAGAUUAAAAUGCUAUUAUAAUAUUGUAGAGAGGCAGCGACACUUCU